AUGAUCUACGUUGUUUUUACCACCGAUUCAUGGGACUUACUCUUCACCUCGAGCUCGCAGUACGUAGAGAACGGUUUGGAUAUUCUGCUUAAGAUACCAAUCGGCUUAGUCGUGUUCUUUCCUUGGAUAUUUUUGCUGCGCAAACCCCAAAUUUCCCUUUUAUCACACGAUCUGGCUGUUUUCGAUAAGUUAGUAAGUAAGUGCAAUUACACGCCCAACUACCAAUUUUUCCAUAUCGUUGCAACAAUAUUCACUACAAUUGAUGUCGGUGUUCCACUGAUUAUACUGGUAGCUAUUCGAGGAUUGAGCUUUUGGAUGAAUCACUUUAUUGUCCUAGCAUUCAUUGGUGUAUCCUGGUCGGCCGGCUUGUUGUUCAACACCGUUUUCAACAUAAUACUCUACCACAUUCUGUACCGCGUUGAAGUUAUCAAUGAUUUACUCAGGAAACUUUUGUAUCGCGAUCGAUUUCAAAAUAAUACGCCUGACACUAUGGAGCUGAUCAGGACAGUAAUGCGGUUGCAUGAUAAACUCGGCGAUAUAGCAAACAAUUGUUCAAGAUGUUUUGCCAUGACGACCGUCCUGACAAUGAUCCACGUUUUGGUCUCGCAGAUGCUAACCACCUUUGCUUUAAUUCGUGUCGCGUUCUACCAUUACGAUGCAAUCGAACUUAAAGAUUGCAUUUUCUACAUGAUUGGUACAAUGAGCUAUUGCUUGCUGCCAAUCGGUACCAUUUGGAUGGCAGGAGAUAUCAAGAAACGAACCGUCGUCACCUGGAAGUUGGUACACCGCUUCAUCAAUACAACCGACGACACUGAAAUUGAGGAUCUUCUACAACAGUUUUCCGAACAAAUGAACCAUCGUUCGCCCAGCAUUGAUUUUCGAUUUUUUGACGUCGAUUGGCCAUUGCUAGUGAAGGCCUGUGGGGAAGCGACCACUUAUCUGAUUAUUAUGAUACAGUUCGAUAUAAAACAGUGA